CGGUCAUCCAGGUGAAUCUGAACUGGGAGAGGAGCUUCACCAUCUGAACCGGGCUCUCUCCUCAUCACCGCAUGCUCCCAGAGUGUCCUGCCUCCAGGGGAAACGCCAACCACCUCUGGAUGACGCGUCAGUCAUGUCCCGGCCAGACCCUGCCACCACCCAGAUAGCUGCCAGCCUGCCCGGGGGAUGCAGCUCUUCAGCCUCACGCUGGGCCUGGCUCUGCUGGGAAGUUCAGGUGGCGGGGGCCAGGACUUCCAGGUGCUGCAGCCCUGGCCCUCCGCGCAGGCAUCCGCAGGGGAGACGCUCACGUUGAACUGCACCGUGACCAAGCGCGGACUCCCAGGGCCGGUGAAGUGGCUCAAGGGCUCGGGCAGCGACCGCCAGCUCAUCUAUGCAGAGAUAGGGUCAUUCCACCGGGUCACAAGGGCUGUCCCCAACUCUGUCUCAGACUACUCCAUCCACAUCAGCGACAUCCGCCCCGAGGACGCCGGCACCUAUUACUGCGUGAAGUUCAAGAAAGAACCGCCUGACGAGGAGUACCAACGCGGAGCAGGCACGGUGGUGUCUGUGGGUGGUCUCCAGCCCCCACAUCAGACCCCUCCAGUUGUCCCCACCAGCCCAAUGAUGGCAAGGACAAGAACAUCCUUUACGCAGAGUUGCUGCACGUCGGCGGGGCCCAGUCGCCCCAGAAGAGCCCGGUGGGGGAGCAGACCGAAUAUGCAGUCAUCAGGGCAGCCCCGGCUGCCUCUAGAUAAAGAGACACAGGAUAUUAGAUGGGACUUGACAUCAGGGGAACGUACAGACCAGUGCGUCGGCAGCCUGCAACCCUCUCCCUGUCUUCACCCCCCACCGAACAUCUCCCUGGGAGCAGCCAGGACGUUGCCUGUGAAACCCGAGCAUCUGUCACGGUGUCCGUGGCACCGGAGCGCCCCGCUGCGCCCCGUCAGGGCGAGUCUUCCAACAGCCGAGUUUGUAAACACGGGCUCCCCGAGUCGCCGGGCUCAGCGGUCCGGCCGCCCCGCCGCUGAGCGGAGGCACUCUCCAGCGAUCACACGAAUGCGACAAAUCCACCCCCGGAGAAGCCAAAAAGACAAUGGCACCUUGCAAAUCCAGCUGUGCUCCAUGCACGAGAAUUAAUCCGUGCUCAAGAGAUUUCCUGGAACUUGAAGCUCUUCCCUUUGUUCGUUAAGGAGCCAGCAUGAGGUUGGACUCUCCAAAUUACCUGCCGGGGAGAGCACUGCAUCCGACAUCCCAUGAAAAGGGAGAGCGGGCCUGUGAGAAGCAAACGCCCUUUGUUUUACGGGCUCCGUAGACCUGAGGCUUGCAACGUGUUGCUGCUUCAUUUCAAUAAACACGGUGUAUAAAGGUGAAA